ACUUGUUCGCAAGUUUAAAUGGGAGUCGAUUUAUCUUAGGUAUAUGUAGGUAACUGUAGAAAAGUAACUAGUCAUAUCAGUUAUCUUAACUGAAAGGAAAAAAUAAACUUGCUUAUGAGAAUAGCUUCGAACAUAUAAUAUAUAUGGUUAUUCGUCGUCAACAUACCCAACAUUAAUUCUUUUACUCUCCCAUCGAAUUAUAUAAUUCGUAUAUAUACGAACCUGUAAGUUUAUAACCUCCCUUUCUUCGUCUUUCGUGUUCGUAUUUUUCUGUUCCAUGUAACGUCUGUUUAUUGCAUUUUAGAUUUCAACGUCAUUUUCCCGUUAAUUCUUUGAUUCGUGUUGACCAACCAGCUGCUUUCUUGUGUCAUUCAACCUGUUUUUCCAUAAUGUGACGAAACUGUUGUCACCGAUAUGGUCAAAGGAAAGUUUCAGGCUUAUUUUCCAUUUGAAAAGAAUUCUUUGACGUACAGCUGCCUUCACUGUCGUGCACAUUUAGCUCGUCAUGACGACCUCAUAAGUAAAUCUUUUCAGGGAAGUCAAGGUCGAGCUUAUCUAUUUAACCAGGCUGUAAAUGUUCGUUGCGCUGAAGCUAAACAACGUGUUCUUCUGACCGGGUUGCAUUUUGUAGCUGAUAUAUUUUGUGCAUGCUGUGAUACAGCACUAGGUUGGAAGUAUGAACGUGCUUUUGAACCUAGUCAACGAUAUAAAGAAGGCAAGGUGAUAAUUGAACUGGUACAUCUAUUUAAGGAUAACAGUUGGGAUGCUGAAUGGUUAUACCCUUUGUAUCCGACAAGCUCUAUUGCUAAUGGUAAUACUUCUGACAUGACUUUAAAUUAUGCAAAGCCGCAUUCAAUUAGUGUAAGUGAUUAUCGUCAUAGUGAAACUGGAAAAUCUAAAUCUUCAAUAAACUUCCCACCGAUUGAUGCGUCUAAUUCUUUAUCAUCAACUGAUGGAGGUAUUUUUGAAUCUUCCACAACUGAUUUAAUUGAUCCUAAUGAAGAAACAUGCACAGAUUUCGUGCAUCAUCAUCACCAUUCACAUCCUCCUCCUUCUCUACACCAUCAUCAUCACCAACUUCAUUAUCAUUUGAGUACAUCUCCUUCAUCCUCAACUCAGGUUCAUCAGUCAUCAUUUUCUCUUAUGUCAAAUGAUUCAACGUCCUUAUCAUAUCGAUUAAGUUCAUCAUUAAAUGCAACGGGUUGGGCCUUUCGUAUUCCACCACCAUUGACAUCUAACAAUGAUGGUCAUGAUAAAUAUUUAUUAGAUUUAUCUGAUUCUGGACGUGUCAGUGAUUAUUCUCAUACUUGCACAUCAAUAUCAGCAACAGAGAAUGUAGGACAUUUAAAUCUUGUUUGUUCUACAGAUAAUAACAACAGUGAUAGUGAUAUUAGACACGUUGAUAAUUUAAUACCGGAUAAUGUGAUUGUCACUAAUAUUGAUAAAAGUAAUACACGUAUUCAUAAUAAUACAGAUAACAAAACUAGAAUAGUCACUGGCACUAACAAUAAUAAUAAUAAUAAUAAUAAUAAUAAUAAUAAUCGUAAAGAAGAUGAUCAUUUUACCAAAUCAAAGUCAAUAACUCCUAUUACAAUUAAACUAUCUCAUAAAGAUCAAAAUAAUAAUGCUGUGGAUAAUAAUAACAACUCUGAAUAUAGUUGUUUGGAAACAGAUGCAUAUGAUAUUUUUGAAGAUAUCAACUUUAACAAUGGGAAUAAUCAUAGACCAGUGGAUGAUUUAUGCUUAAGAAAGUUAUCUCAGUUUUCAACACCUCAAGCAAGAAGAAUUUCCAAAAUUAAUACACAAAAUCUACGAGUUACAUUCAAUUCUAAUUUAGGUAAACGUAAUCGUAAACGUAUAAAACAUCGACUUCGUGCUUCAUCUGCUUCACCUUCAAGAGAUUUUCUUUUACCUACUGGUUCAGAAGAUGAAGAAGAUGGUGAAGAAGAAAAAGACGAAGACGAAGAAGUAGCAAACACAGAAGAAACAGAUAAUCCAUCUAAUUUUACUAAUUUUAAUAAUCAAUCCCAAAAUAUUGUUAAAGUACAAGAUUGAAUUAAAUAUUAUUCUUUUCAUUAUUAUUUUAAUUCUAUGAAUAGCUUAUUCAAAACUACAUUUACUGUUCAUGUUCACACACAUAUACACACACACACACAAAAGUACACAACAUAAGCCUUUGUAUGAUUUUAAAUGCUGUGGAUUAAUAAACCGCAUGUCUUUCGAGCAUCUUUUAUUUAGAUAAGAUUAAAGAAAAAAAAACCAGUUUACUUUAAAAUAAUUAAUUACAUAAUUCUCUACUAGUAACAUAUCUCUAUUCAUUGCUUAUUGUUUAUUAUUUAUAUGAUAACAAUGGUUCAUAACAUAAUUUUAACGAUUUAUCUAUUUCAGCUUCUUUCUUUUUCUUUUUUUCUUUUCCUUUCUCUUUGUUGUUGUUGUUGUUGUUGUUGUUCUUGUUAAUUAUAGAUUAAUCUUGAUCUUAUAAUUCAUAUAACAUUUACAUAAAUAUUCACCAUUUCAAUCAUUAAUAUCUUGUUUCUAGGUUAAUUAAAAGGUUAAUAUCUUGUCUAAUGACAAUUGUCCAAAUGAUAUGAUCAUCUUAAUUGCAUAGAUAAUAUGAAACUGUUAUCUUCUUAUUUAUUUAUUUAUUCAUUUAUUAACAUCUAUAUUAUUUUUGAUAAUCGAUUCAAGCUAAUGGAAUUUUUCAAUGGAUCAUUUCUCUCUCUUUCUCUCUCUCCCCCCCCUAUAUAUAUAUAUAUGAAUAAGUUCUUGUUAGUUACUUGAUGGAUAAUUUCAAUUUUGCUUAUUAGUUAACUUUAAUUUUCUUUCUUUUUUUUCAUUCUUCCUUUUCUUAACUUUCCUCUCUUUUCUUUUCUUUUCCUAUUUUAUGAAUACAAAGAAAAAAACAAGCUGUUACGUAAUCUUGUUUGUCCUUUAUAUAAUAAUGAUAAUAAUAUUGAUAAUAAUAAUAGUAAGGGUUUAUUAAUACGGUUUAAUAUUAAUAUUACUGAUAAUAAGAACAGACUAAACACCUUAAUAUGAUAUUGGUUUUUCGAGAGAAAAACAAAGAUUUCUGUAAAAAAAAACAUUUAAUCGAUUAUUAUUAUUAUUAUUGUUACUAUGUCUUAGUUACAAUGUUCUAUGUUAUUUUCAUUACAAAGAUUGUUUUAUUGUUGUAUUUGUGAAGAAUUUUAUGUUUCUUCUUUUUUAUUUUGUCUCUAUGUUUUCAUUGCCUCUCAGAACUAAGCCAUAUUUUAUUAAAAAAGAAAAUAAAAGAAAAGAAAUUCA